CCAUUUGGUAUUAAACCUUAUCUUUUUGUCUCGUUAGGAAUUUUGGCUCUCUUUCUUUGCUCCUUAAACCCCAAACAGAGUCUCUCUCACACUCCGGCAGAGCAGAUAAAGCUAUAAGAAUGCAAGCUGCCAGUCUCGCCUUUCACCCUCCGGCACUCCAUACUUCACCUUCUUACUUCUCCUCCAAACUUCCCCACCACCUCAAUUAUUCACUCUUCAAACGCGCUCCUUCAACUUCCACACUAUCUUUAACCCAAACACUCUCCAGAAAUACCAUUUGCAAACCCCCAGCUGUUGGAAAAUAUGUCAGGGAGGAUUAUCUUGUGAAAAAAUUGUCUGCCAAAGAGAUUCAAGAACUGAUAAAGGGAGAAAGGAAUGUGCCACUGAUUAUUGAUUUCUAUGCCACAUGGUGUGGUCCUUGUAUUUUGAUGGCGCAAGAACUUGAAAUGCUUGCUGUGGAGUAUGAAAACAAUGCACUUAUUGUGAAAGUGGACACAGAUGAUGAAUACGAAUUUGCACGAGAUAUGCAGGUUCGAGGACUACCUACGUUGUAUUUCAUAAGUCCAGAUUCAAGUAAGGAUGCUAUCAGAACUGAAGGGCUCAUCCCGAUACAAAUGAUGCGGGACAUCAUUGAUAAUGAUUUAUGAUGAAUAAUUCAGUUGGUUCUUUGUUGGUGGAAUCCAUUGCUCUUUGCUGUAGUUGUCAAGCUGCCUUUUAUUAGUUCGUAGUGACGUACCAAUAUGUGGAUCUCAACAUAAUAUUUUAGCAAUUUCCUUCUGAAGCUCGCAGGCUUGGUAUCUGCCAGGCAGUGGUAAGAGUUGUAACACAAAUUUUGCACUUGGAAACAGUUAAAACAAGUAGUGCAACAAACUGCAAUUUCUGAUGUUAAAACAGAAAUGGGUGUUUAAAAUCUUAGAAUUCCUCCAGAUUGAAA